CUCAACUAGGCACCUGAAAACAUUAUUUUUCUGGAACUGUUCAAAGAAGUGAUUAUUGACGAGUAAAUAAGAAUAGGCUAGUUUUCAAGGCGACAGGAAAAAAAGGUUGGAUGUCUUUCUGGCCGUGCAGAUUUGGCCGUGGAUUGCAGUCAGACCAGUGAAUUGUUUUUUCGCCGCUCGCCACCGGCAAUGGCAAAAUGCAGUCAUGCGUGUUGAGUGUUGCAGUUAGUCACGAAUACAAAAGUGGAUAUAUUGUUGGAGUCACAGCUUUCAAUUUUAUCUUUGAAGGGUUUUAUUUUCGCACCCUAGCAAGUCAAGCGCAUCAAUGAGUCAGCGGAAUCGGAGGUGAACCGGGAGAAAAUGAUUAACAGCUAAAAAGUUCCUGGUUGCCCGCAAGACAUACACGGCUGUCACGUCCACGAUAUACUCGUCCGAAACAGCUCAAUAAUGAAGCUUCUCUCGUUGGUUUUGCUUAUCGUCGCUUUUGAAUACUCACUCGCAAAUUUCGCCUCGAGUAACUCAUGUCAGCCGCUGAAUCGAACGCUGUUUGGAAGUUGCAUUAACGCUGGCUAUAACGUGUCUGAAUUUAAAACAAGCACACCACAAAGUCAACAACUGGCGAUUUUAAUUCAGGCAGCGCAGAGCAAGCUUAACUGUUCGCGGUUCUCAAAUCUUAUGACUUGCUCUAUCUUCCUACCUGGUAGUAAGUGUCCUUCAGCAAGAUUACCGUGUAAAGACGCUUGUAGAAGUUUUGUUAGCGACUGUCAAGACGGUUCAAGCGACAUCGAAGGACUGUUAACAUUGUUCAAUGGACUUUGUCAGCUUCUUCCCACAGACCAGUGUUUACCAACAUCCAUGGCCCACUCUAAUACUACUACUGCAGGUUAGUAAAUUGAAAACGUAUUUAAAAUUUAUUAAUAUAUUUUAAAUCAAGGUUUACGUGUUAUCAUGGACACUGAAUAUGAUAAUGUCGAUAGUGCACCGUUGGCCCUAGAUCUUUUUUUUUGCGCAGGAUAAAAGUGCACCACAUUGACGUACUACUUCCGUGUUGUCAUGUCUAAAGCACGUAUAGCCCGUUGUGGUCAGAAAUAUAAUAGCUUUCUGCCGUUCUUUUGCAACAAACGUGGGCAGAAUUUUUGGAGUGAUAAACAGUCUCUUAAGUUUAUAAUGGUGUAAUCUUAAAUGGUGGUAAAAGAGAGAAUAUUAUAUUUGGCAAAAUAUAUUUCAUUUUGAUAAUUACGCAGAAUAUUCUUUUUUUGAGUGUUACUAACCACAAAAACUCAAGCAAUGAAUAUAAGUGUUUGCUGUCGAGGGGGCGAAUAUGGGACUUUGGAUACCGCCAACCGGCGUUUCGCUUGGCAGAUAUAGAUAGCAUCAGCCGAUUAAAUGCAUUCCUAAUGAAAAUCAUGUGAAGCCCACGUGGUUACUGUACUGUAUCUCGGCAUAAUAGCCGGUUAUCGCGUGUACUGUUUUGUAUCAAGGAAAACGUUCGGAGAAAACAGAUAAGGCCCGAUUUAAGGCCGUAAUUUGCUUUACCUAUCAACUUGAAUACCGUAGAAAGAUAACAUGUCAAGAUGUUGAGUCAAACAAUUAAUCGCUCCACCGUUGAGAGCAGCAAAAUAUCGUAUGCAUAACUCUAACAAAAUUCUCAAAUCUGAUUGGCUAUCAGCUACACUGAUUUUGUUCUUAGGAAAGCACGCACCAUCGCGCGCAAGCACUUGAUUAUGGAAAAUACAGAAGAUCUCUGUUUACGAGAUUGGCUAGAAUUUUCGGAAUAUUAUGUAUUUCAAUUUUAAAACAGCUCAAAAUAUCGCAAACUUCGUUAUAGUUAUGAUUAAUUGGUAACAGUUGUGUCGUCUGUCUGUGGCAGAACCAGUGUUUUAAAGACACCCCCUGCGCGGGUGUCAGAUAUUGUUAAUCACUUUCUCGUAUGAUUACAGACCGAGUCCUAUUACCGUCACUAUUUAUUACUGUCAUCGCUACCAUCAUCAUUAUUUCUUAAUUAUUAUUCAUUCAAAUAUUUCAUAGUUUCUGAUUGGCUCAAUUAAAUCUUCAAAACCAACCGGCGCUGACCAAAUUUGGAGGAUGCAAGCAAUUUGGUACCAUCCAACCGAAGGUAUAUUUGAUUGGAAACGAGGAUGCAUGGGCAAUAGACCAUUGAUUAACCUCGUUUCAGGGCGUUCACGGUUAUACGAAGGCGCAAAAUAGCUGAAUUUCCGUCUAAACUUGAACUGCACAGAAUAAAUGCAAGAAUAGGCAAAACAUAUGUCAUCAACUUUUUAAGAAGUAUCUGCAAGGAAAAACAUUUGUAACAUCCUGAAACCGAGCCGAGAAAUAGGCCACUAGUUAACGAGAAGGUAAGCUUGUUAAGGACGUAGAAGUAUUUUGAAUCAAUAAUAAAAACAUUAUUGAACUCGGCUUUCGUAUGAUGUAAAGAAUUAUGCAGAGCGAGGAGGAUCGCUAGUGUUAUCCACCGGGGUUGAAGGCCUCUGUGGAAAACAUUCUCCCCGAUCUGCAUAAUUCUUCACAUCCUCAACCAUUUUCAAUAUUAAUAUUGCUGAUUAUCGUUAUUAUCAACGGAAAUAACAUUAUGAGAUCAAUGAAUUGCAUAGAAUUAUUUGUUAAACUGAAAACCUCACUUAUAUCUAAUCGACUGCUUCUUUUGCAGUUUACUCAGAUAACGUCACGUGUCAUGAGCUCAAUAUUAGCCAGUGUGCACAUGCAGGUUACAGCCACACUUCUGUGUCAAGUGCAUAUCAGAAGAUACUGGAAACUAGUGAUGUAUUUAACAACAGCAAGGAUAACUCCACGCUCAGAAAAAUAAUAUGUAUGGAGAUAGCCCCUCCUUGUGAUAACAAAUCUAAUAACACGUUGCUUGUUCCCUGUAAAACUACGUGUGAGGCUGCCUUUAACGAGUCGCAACCGCAGUUCAAGAAAAUAUUUAAGAGCAUCGAUUACUGUUCUGCAUUUCUGAAAACUGACAACGUUGACGGAAAGUAUUAUUGCGUGCUUCAAGAGUGGCCAAAUACAGGUUAUUGGCCAAGUGAUCUGUGGAAAAGAGUAAGCACAGGUAAUUUUACGACUCUAAAAAACAAUCUUACUUUUUAUGUUUUAGUUUGAAUAUAUAAAGGGUGUAAGCAUUCGUAAGGAGUGAACAUUCAGGGUUUUUCCCAAACUCCCAAAAAAGGAUUUUGCAGUUCCGAAUGAAAUAUUUACCGAAAAUGGGAAAUACCUCAAGAGUCUACAUUCUGUAAAGUGGACUCACCACAUCAAAUUUAAUUUCAUGGUAGGUACGGCCAUCAGUUCAAAAAGCAAAUGACGCCAGAAAGCGGUCUCUCGGUGAAAAUAUCAGGAAACCCUGCACCUUAAUUCUCUAAUUUUUCGUUUCUUUCAUUGCAACGGAUCAUAGUGAGACUAUGACUCUUGUCCUGGAUUCUUCUAAUUUUUUCAACGCAACCGACUAUCGUGUGACUCCACCAGAACCGACGUUAGCUCGGACGUUUCCAAGUUAAUGUUGCUAUAGCUUGUCAAAUUUGGUGGCAGGAAAUUUUGCUAGUUACACUAUCCGUAUACCCAUAGUUAAUUAAAGUGGAAUGGUUGGGAAACCGUUUGUUAUAUGUUUUUGGUAGCUUUUUUGGACCUGACCGUGCAUAACGUUCAAUAGCUUUCCUAUCAUUUUGAACUUACUGAUCAAUAGAAACAUUGCAUUAAUUUAUUCAGCACAAUUUGUGAACAAAAAACAAAGGAUUGUGCAGGGUCAGGAAGCUUUCAACCUACAGCACCGUUGUUUUCAACUCUGAUCUUUGCCGGGUUUCUUAGCCAGUCUCCGGCUACUAACUAUGAUCACCACCUAAUGCCGUUGUACACGCAAGUGAAAGGACCUGUAAGGUUUCUUUGCAAGCUGACAUUUAUGUAGCUUUUUUUUUACAUUUCGCCCCAUGUAACGGCAAGAGAGUCUUGAAUCCUAGAUUCCACUCUGUGCAUUCUGUAAUCAUGGUCAGUGGAACCCCAUUUGCGGGAUUCCGGAUUCCUUGAGCUGAAUCCCCGAUUCCAAAGUCCAGAAUUCCAGAUUCCACCUGCAAAAAUUUUCCUGAUUCCAUAAUCCGGAUUGCCUUACACCCUCUCAACACUCUCAAUCAAUACUAGUCAUUUAUUUUGUACUGAAGAUUAUUUUUUUAAUUACCUUCAUUGCCCAAAUGAGAGCUAUUUAGUCAACCAGCAUAAGUUCUGUAGCGACUAGAGACCACUGAAAUUGCGCAAUUGACCAAUAUAUAAUUAUAAAACUUUUUCUUUUUUUAAUUUGGCUAUCUUUUUCACGUCACUCAUCAUGUCCAUGCUUGCCAAAUCCGCCCCCAGGACUUUCCCGGAAAAGCCCUGGGGAGGAGGAGGUCGAUCAUUUUAGCUGUCCAAACUAAAAUACGCUUUCUCUUCCAAAGCACAUGGACUUGCUAUUUCACCCUCAUCACCAACAACAAAGCCAUCUGAGAAUAACAGCACGCCCUUGUCAGCGAGUAAAUCAUCUGAAAAUAUUGUUACCUCGUCUACUGUACCGACAACGGAAGCGUCUACAAGUGAUAGUAUGUCUGUGCAAACAACUGAGGCGACUACAACUGUUAUUUCGCCAACAUCUACGACUCAAGCAUCGGCCAGCAGUACUACUGCCGUGGCAACGGCUAAAACAUCCCAAAGUCCUGCAUCAACGAUUCAAGUAUCCAAACCUGGUAGUGCUUUUAUGCCAACGACUCAAGCAUCUGUAAUUGGCAGUACACCUAGCCCUGCGCCAACGAAUACACCAGCUGUUAUUGGUAGCACGUCUUCACUGACGGCCACUGCUCCCACCCCGAGAACCAUUGCAUUCGUAACUCGUAGUUCACCUGCACCAAAUAAAACUGCAUCUAUAAAUGGUAGCACCACUGUGCUAAUGACUCCAGCAUCUUUAAACGUUACUACACCUUAUCCUAUGCAAACAAGUAAAUCAGCGCUGAAAAUGGGUAGUACGAUUUUAACAAAAACCAGCACGCCCACUCUAAGGACCAGUACAUCAAGUGCAUCAAUUAAUGUGAGUGCUCCCGUGACAGAGGCACCUACAAAAAGCAAGAGCACGGAACCUAUGACUAGCCGCUCUGAGAUGACCCCUUCUGGUAGCAAAGGUAAAAACAAAAAUUGUGAAAUUAAAUGUCUUUUAUUGUUCAAAAGCCAUAGCUCAUUAUGAAGAACUUUCUAAAGGAAAAGACGCGCCUGCGUGAGUAGUUUCUUUGUGAGAUUAACGUGCCGUUUAGGGUACCGUUUAGGCCCGAAGAUGAGAUGUAAGUAAGGGUGAAGAACCACUCAGUGGCGGAUCCAGGGAAGAGGGGGCCCCCCCAGGGGCCCUACUCACAUAUUUCAAUGACGGGGGGGUCCGAAGGAUUUUUUGGGUCUGACAUUUUGGCCAAAAGGGAUUUUUUUGGGUCUAUGAAAGACGCCAGGAUUUUUUGGGGUCGCGAAAACAACAGAGGGAUUUUUUUGGGUAUUGUAUUUUUGAUCAGCUCAAAUCAAAAAUAACAUAAGCGCAAUUUUUAUUUUUGUUUUUGACCAAAACCAAAGUUGAAGUUGGCAUGCUUUAACUUUCCAGAAGAUAAAUAAUAAAAUUUGCUGAUGCAAAAACACUGAGGGAUUUUUUUGGGUAUGCUAAAAAAAGUAGGGAUUUUUUGGGGUAGACAAAUUCUGAAAUUGGGAUUUUUUUGGGUAUAAAAUAUGAACCUCUGUCGGACCCCCCCGUCAUUAAAAUAUGUGAGUGGGGCCCCUGGGGGUCCCCCUUAUUUUUAGACCAAGGUGAGGUCCGAAGGGCCGAAAAAAAUUUUUUUCUGUCCACGCAGCAUAUGUUGAUGUGCCUAGUGCCGAACCUCUAUAUUAAGCGGACACCCUCUAUUAAGCGGACACUAAGCCUGGUCCCGAAACGAACGUCUGAUAUUUCCCUUUAUAACGAACCCCUAUUCAGCGGACUCCUCUAUUAAGCGGACGCGAACACUAAAAUAAGUUGUAUUUGGCUAAUUUCUAUUGUUAAAAACCUCUAUUAAGCGGACAUCGGACUGAAUUGACAAUAGUAGUAUUGGAUUAGGUCCUUGAAAUACGUACGGAAAUCGGUUAAUGUUUUUGCAUUUUUACAAACAAAUUAAAGUUAGUAAUGAAAGGUAAUGAAUUUAAACACUGGACAGCUUCUUUAACAACAUGUAACUUUAUCACAGUACAGAGUAACUGUUGAAUAUUGAUCGUUAACAAACAUUGCGCAAUUUUUACAACCUCUCAAUUAAGCGGACACUUGGGAAGGUCCCGAAGGUGUCCUCUUAAUAGAGGUUUCACUGUAGCUGCAUUGUAACCUGGGACGACCAUUUCAGUAAGCACUCGAUCUCGACGACGUUACGGAAAAAUCGGGGGACUGUAAGUAGUCUAACUCAACGUGACUGUUAGUUGGGAGUAGGUGAUCCGAAAUCGUGAAAUUACCGAUGAUGAGGGCAUUAUUGACCUCCCAAACACCUUUUUUAUUCCUUGCUUCUGCGCAUGAUCAAAGCACUGUCUGAAGACAAUCAAAUCUGCGGAGAAAAUAAUUCCAUCGAUCCCAACAAUUUUACUGAAAAAAAGGGGGACUGUAAAUAUGCAGUCUACACGAUAUUUUGCUCGACUUCAUCCGAAUAACCGUUUAUCACAUCCGUGACAGGUGCCAAUCAUUAACGUCCACGAACCAUUUUGUUUCACUUUGCAGAAACUCCUAAAGUCAAAGCACAUAAAAGCGGGAAGCUCUCGGCCGGGAUUAUCGCUGGUAUUGUGGUGGGUGUGAUAGCCGGCCUGGUCCUGUUUGUUCUGGGGGUCAUAUUUUUCAGAAGAUACAAACGGUUAAGAGCUCAAUACACCCACAGCCUUAUGGUGAAUAUGGACGAGCUGUAACUUACUGAACUUACUGCAUGAUCGCACGCUUGAUACUGAAGAACGUUUUAUUGGUCGUUUGCCAUCCCGGCUAACAGAGAGAAGUUUGAGACUAGAAAGGAAUUUACGAAGGGGGUGAAAACACAAAAAUUGAUUCAUAAGGGGUGCUCUUUAGAAGUGCCGUUUCUUUUAACCCUUAAAGCCCUAAUAUCCACAUAUAAAUUCUCCAAACUGAUCUUCAUACAUCUCCUUUAAGAAUUAAUUGAGACUUUGAUAACAGAUCAGAGCAUUUUCUCUUUACUGAUCAUUUUAUUAACUCUUAUAACCAUUUCUCUUGACAACAUAUGGAUAUUGUUAGGAGAAAAUUGUUGUUGGUCACCAUUGGGACUUAAAGGGUUAAGUAUUUUACAGUACCAAGAGAGAAUGAGUUAAACAUGGAUGAGCUCACUCUCUCUUGAUUGUACUAAAUAACUGUAAGUUGGUGCAUGUUUACGAAGAGAACAAUUUUCUCAAUGUUAUGUUGUUGUAGCUUAAACGUUAAUAAGGAGGGUAAUUCAGGGAAAUUUAAGAACAUUUUUUGCAGUAGUUUCGAGAUAAUUAUGCCUGAUGAGCCCAUAAGCACAAUUUGUAUUCUCGGUCUGAGAUUGGGAUCACAUUUUUGGAUAACUAAUUUUAAUUCUUGAAAGUUGGUUAACGAGAACCAGAAACUUUAAAGUUAUAAUAAAGCAAUUAUGCAAAGUUGGUCGAGUUAACACUAUCUACCUCAUCUUGUGGUAAGGAAAUAAAUAGCAUUAACUCCCAUUAUAGUUCCCAGGGCCGAGCGCGAUCACGGCUUGGGGUAGUAGUGGUCAUUGGGUAGUUAUCCGUUCCCCGUUCAAAGCCCGGGAAAAGUUUACAAAAAAAAAUAGUUGGAG